AUGGAGAAGUCCGAAUACACCCAGAACACAGUCACGAAAACGCUCAGUGGCGAUCCGGAAAUUCAGCGCGGUGGUCUCAAUGAUCCCAACCAUGUCGAGCUCACUCGCGCCCUCAAGGCGAGACACAUCACGAUGAUUGCCAUCGGAGGUGCUAUCGGUACCGGUUUGAUCAUUGGAACGGGAGAGGCUCUCGCGAAAGCCGGACCCGGCUCGAUCUUGAUUUCCUACGCUUGGGUUGGCUUCAUUGUAUACCUGGUCAUGUGUGCCCUGGGCGAGAUGGCAGCAUGGCUACCGCUGCCCUCCGGUUUCACUGGUUACGCAGUUCGAUUUGUUGACCCGGCACUCGGAUUUACACUGGGUUGGACGUAUUGGUUUAAGUACAUCAUCCUCUCGCCGAAUCAGAUGACCGCCGGGGCGUUGGUUAUAUCGUAUUGGAUCCCAGCGGAGAAGAUCAAUCCAGGAGUCUGGAUCACCAUUUUCUUGGUCCUCGUCGUGGCGAUCAACUACUUCGGUGUGAAAUUCUUUGGCGAGUUUGAGUUCUGGCUCUCCUCGUUCAAAGUUAUCGUGAUCCUCGGGAUCAUCCUGUUGUCUUUCAUCCUGAUGCUGGGUGGAGGGCCAGACCACGACCGAAAAGGCUUCCGCUAUUGGAAGAAUCCCGGUGCGUUCAACCACUAUGUGAUGGAAGGCCCGUCUGGUCGAUUCCUUGCCUUCUGGUCCACCAUGGUGUCGGCUACGUUCGCCUACUUGGGCACCGAGCUGGUCGGAGUGACGGUCGGCGAAGCUCAAAACCCUCGCAAGACCAUUCCCAAGGCCAUUAAGUUGACCUUCUACCGUAUUCUCGUGUUCUACGUUCUGAGCGUGCUCUUGGUUGGUACACUUGUGCCAUACAACUCCCCGAAACUUUUGUUUGCCCUGGGAGACGGAAACAAAGCCAAGGGAUCCGCAGCGGCUUCGCCUUUCGUUGUCGCCAUUGAGUUGGCCAACAUCCCUAUUCUCUCGCACAUUCUGAACGCCUGUAUUCUGCUAUUUGUCUUCUCGGCGGCGAACUCCGAUCUCUACAUUGCCACUCGCACGAUCUACGGUCUCGCUCGUGAAGGCAAGGCCCCCAAGAUCUUCGCCCGCACCGAUGCCCGUGGUGUCCCAGUUCCCGCGCUCGCCAUCUCUUCUCUGAUUGCAUUGCUGGCAUACAUGAACGUGAGUGGAGACUCUCGCGUCGUCUUCAAAUACUUCGUGAACCUCGUCACCAUCUUCGGUCUCCUUACCUGGAUCUCCAUCCUCGUGACCCACAUUUACUUCGUGCGCGCCCGCAAGGCCCAAGGUGUCCCCGAGUCGGAGCUGGCAUACAAAGCGCCAUUCGGUGUCGCGGGCUCGUACUUUGCUCUGGGAUUCUGCAUUCUCAUUUCCCUGACCAAGAACUACGACGUCUUCAUCCACAAGCCUGCUACUUACGGAAACUUCGACUACAAGAACUUCAUCACCGCUUAUCUUGGGAUCCCCCUGUAUCUGAUCAUGAUCGCUGGAUACAAGAUCGUCACCAAGUCGAAGGGUGUGCACCCGCUGGAAGCUGAUUUGUUCUCUGGCAAGGACGAGAUCGAUCGCGAAGAGGCUGCAUACCUGGCAGCGAAAGAGGCUGAUGCGGAGAGAAAUCAGGACUCUGGAUGGUUCUAUAGGAAGUUUGUUUCGUGGCUGUUCUAA